GUGGAGGAGGACGAGGCGGUGCCGGACAGCGAGCAGGACAUCAAGCCGCGCUUCCACAAGUCGCGCACGGUGACGCUGGCGCACGAGGAGCAGCGCGGGGACGGCGACGGCGACGACGAGGACGACGACGACACGCUGUCCGACUGGAACCUGCGGAAGUGCUCGGCGGCGGCGCUGGACGUGCUGGCCAACGUGUUCCGGGAGGAGCUGCUGCCCCACCUGCUGCCCCUGCUCAAGGAGCUGCUCUUCCACCUCGAGUGGGUGGUCAAGGAGUCGGGGAUCCUGGUGCUGGGGGCCAUCGCUGAAGGCUGCAUGCAGGGCAUGGUGCCGUACCUGCCCGAGCUGAUCCCACACCUGAUCCGCUGCCUGGCGGACCGCAAGGCGCUGGUGCGCUCCAUCGCCUGCUGGACGCUCAGCCGCUACGCGCACUGGGUGGUGGCGCAGCCCCCCGAGCUCUACCUGAAGCCCCUCAUGACCGAGCUGCUGCAGCGCAUCCUGGACGGCAACAAACGCGUGCAGGAGGCGGCCUGCAGUGCCUUCGCCACGCUGGAGGAGGAGGCGUGCACGGAGCUGGUGCCGUACCUGAGCUUCAUCCUGGACACGCUGGUGUUCGCCUUCGGCAAGUACCAGCACAAGAACCUGCUCAUCCUCUACGACGCCAUCGGCACGCUGGCCGACUCCGUGGGCCACCACCUCAACCAGCCGGUGUACAUCCAGAAGCUGAUGCCGCCGCUGAUCCAGAAGUGGAACGAGCUCAAGGACGAGGACAAGGACCUGUUCCCUCUGCUGGAGUGCCUGUCCUCGGUGGCCACGGCCCUGCAGAGCGGCUUCCUGCCCUACUGCGAGCCCGUCUACCAGCGCUGCGUCACCCUGGUGCAGAAAACGCUGGCCCAGGCCAUGAUGUACAACCAGCACCCCGAGCAGUACGAGGCCCCCGACAAGGAUUUCAUGAUCGUGGCCCUGGACCUGCUCAGCGGCCUGGCCGAGGGGCUGGGUGGCCACGUGGAGCAGCUGGUGGCCCGCUCCAACAUCAUGACGCUGCUGUUCCAGUGCAUGCAGGCCACGAUGCCCGAGGUGCGGCAGAGCUCCUUCGCGCUGCUGGGCGACCUCACCAAGGCCUGCUUCGUGCACGUCAAGCCCUGCAUCGCCGAGUUCAUGCCCAUCCUGGGCACCAACCUGAACCCCGAGUUCAUCUCGGUCUGCAACAACGCCACGUGGGCCAUCGGCGAGAUCUGCAUGCAGAUGGGUGAGAGACCCCCCCCGAGACCCCCUGAGACCCUAAACAAACACCUGAAAUAAUUGAAUAUAAAUUCCCAAAAAUUCCCUUUUCCCCCAGCCAUCACCAUCGGCCGCCUGGGCUUCGUGUGCCCGCAGGAGGUGGCGCCGAUGCUGCAGCAGUUCAUCCGGCCCUGGUGCUCCCCCAUUUCCCCCAUUUCUGACCCGUUUCUUCCCAUUUCUGACCCGUUUUUCCCCAUUUCCCCACUCUCCCCUCAGGACUUCAUCUUCUUCUGCGACGCCGUGGCCUCCUGGGUGAGCCCCAAGGACGACCUGCGGGACAUGUUCUACAAGAUCCUGCAGGGCUUCAAGGCGCAGGUGGGGGAGGAGAACUGGCAGCGCUUCGCCGAGCAGCUCCCGCCGCUGCUCAAGGAGCGCCUGGCCGCCUUCUACGGCGUCUAGGCCGCGCCCUCUGCGCCUGCGCGCCGCCGCCCGCGGGGCGUGGCCGCGCCGAGCCCCGCCCAUGGGAGGGGCUGGUGUAAGCCCCGCCCCCCCCGCGGGCAGCGCCGUUCUCUCCCCUCCCCCCCCCCGGAACCGGGAGGGACCCCCGGGGAUGGGGGGAGGGGCGGGGCUCCGGUGAGGAGCGCGACCCCUCCCCCACCCGCGGGGAAGGAAUUUUGGGGGGAUUUUGGGGAUUUUU